AUGCCGACCUCUGCAAUUAUCCACACAGCCGUCUUUACUGCGGGAGCCCUGGUUGGCGGUGGUAUUGCUGCUGCCAUUAGCAGUAAAAGGAAUGCAUCUGCUGCACCUCAGCCGCCCCCACCAGCCAAACCUGUCAUUGAAGUCGAUGGUGGUCGCGCAAAGGUAUCCAAUGAGGUUGCGGUCGUUUCGACACAGAUUUUACCGCCUGCUCUCAGAAAUGGGCACCCAGAUUUGUUGGUACGCAGAGCUUAUGUCGCCGGGUACGAUCGCCGCCUGAGGCAUCCUUCAUGGACCGCAGAGCACAUUACGAAGGCCUCACUUGCACCUGGCUCAUCUGCAGACUCUGGCCCUGUCGACCGUUCAAAGUCUGCUUUCAUCGAGGACGAGUCGAUACCAUCACCCUUCCGAGCCAAGCUACAAGACUACUUCAGAAGUGGAUAUGACCGAGGACAUAUGGUACCUGCCGCCGACGCGAAGUCUUCUCAGGAAGCCAUGGAUGAGACCUUCCUCUUGACCAACAUCGCACCUCAAGUAGGGGACGGUUUCAACCGCCAUUACUGGGCUUAUCUCGAGGACUGGUGCCGCCGCUUGACCAACACCUUCCAAGACGUUUACGUCUUCACUGUGCCUCUUUACCUUCCCAAACUUGACCCAGACGGCAAAUAUCGCAUUACUCACGAAGUUAUUGGAUCCCCACCUAACAUCUCUGUGCCAACCCACUUCGCUAAAGUCGUGCUGACCUCCAAGCCUUCUUCCCCAUCGACUCCCAACAUUCCCGAACUCUCCCUGGGUGCCUUCGUCCUCCCCAACGCAGUCAUAAAAGAUGAAGCACCUCUGGAAGGCUUCGUUGUGCCAGUGGAGGCCGUUGAGAAGGCCGCUGGUUUAACACUGUUCUCUGACCAGAUCAAGUCGGGCGCCAAGCAUAUUUGCAAAACCACCAAGUGCGAGGUCAUCGUGCGCCGAUUCGAUGACGCCCGCAAGAAUACCAAAGCUAUCGCCACACCCAAGAAGUAG